AUGGCCCCGGGCUGCACGCUGGUGCUGGUGCUGAUGCUGCUGACCGCGGCGCUGAGCAGGACAGGGGCAGCUCCUGUGCCCUCUGCCCCCAGGGCCGUCCCUCCUGCCAGGGGCUGCCACAUGGCCGAGUUCAAGUCUCUGUCCCCGCAAGAGCUGCAGGCCUUCAAGACGGCCAAGGAUGCCUUUGAGGACUCACUCCUGCAGAAGGACGGGAAUUGCAGCGCCCGCCUGUUCCCCAGGACCCGGGACCUGAAGCACCUGCAGGUGUGGGAGCGCCCCGUGGCUCUGAAGGCAGAGCUGGCCCUGACACUGACGGUCCUGGAGGCCAUGGCUAACUCAUCCCUGGACCACAGCCUGGAGCGGCCCCUUCUCACGCUGCGGUACAUCCACUCCAAGCUCCAGGCCUGUGUCCCAGCUCAGCCCACAGCAAGCCCCAGGCCCCGGGGCCACCUCCACCACUGGCUGCACCGGCUUCAGGAGGCCCAGAAGAAGGAGUCCCAGGACUGCCUCGAAGCCUCUGUGAUGUUCAACCUCUUCCGCCUCCUCACCCGGGACCUGAAAUGUGUUGCCAGUGGAGACCAGUGUGUCUGA